UGUUGCAAAACGUAUAUUUAUACUUCUUUUUGAGAGGUCGUGUGCCAAUUUCAAAUCUACAAUUUUUUUUUGAAUUUUUUUUUUUUCAAUUUGACCUGAACAGAUAAAUUUUCAAUUUUGAUAAAAACUAUAGUGUAUAAGUAUUACUUUAAGACCAAGAACAUUGAAUUAACCAUGGGUAAAGGAGUACUUAAGUACGGUGGUAAAUCAGGUAUUUUGCCUAAGAUACGUCCUGUGUUCAAACAUAAUCCUAUUAGAUCCAAGACACCUAGUGAAAUACAACAAGAAUCGCAAAUUGAACAAGGUUAUGCUAAGGAUGUACCAUUACCUCAAAAUAAAGGGAAUAGAAGAAAUUUGACAUUCCAUCGUGUUCAACCUCCUAAGGAAAUCAUAACUGUUGAGCAAAGAAUUAAAAAUACUAUUGAAAAUAGAAUACCACAAAAUAUUGAUGAAAGUAAAUUAAAUAAUGAUGAAAAAUGGGUAUUAAAAAGAGAUGAAAUUCGUCGUGAAUUCUUAAGAGAAGCAUAUUUAACUGAAGCUAAGAGAUUAGAAAAGUUAGAUAAACUUAAAGAAAAUCAAUUGAAAAAGCAAAAGGAAGCUGAACAAAAUCAUUUAAAUAAACAUCAAGAAUCUGAAGCUGUUAAAUUAACUAUUCCAACCAUUGAAUCAUAUUUAAAAGGUCCAAUCAUGAGACAAAGAACUCCAGAAGAAACUUUAAUCAAAAAUGAACAAAGAUUAUUAAAUAGAAAAACUAAAGAAUUAGAAGAACAACUGAAAAAGGCUACUCAAUUAUUAGAUUUAUAUCAUUCAGCCUCAAAUUUCAUAACUACUGAAGAAGAAUUAGAAGCUGCUAUAACUGAAGCCUUUGAAGUAAGAGUCACUGAUUAUGAUCGUAGUCUUGAUCAUGUUAAGAACAAACUUAAUAGUACUGUUUCAUUUGCUUAUAAUUCAGAAUAUAAUAGAGGUUUGAUUGAAGAUAAAGCUUUAGGUGAAUUGAAUGGUAAACCUGGUUUGGAAACCGUUAAGGAUGUCUUAAGUGGUGAAGCUGAAAAGAUAAAACGUCAAGCUGAAAUCGCUGCUAAUGAAGCUACCUCAAGUCUUCCUCAACAAUCAUAAAAUGGUUUUUAAUCAUUUUCUUCCGCAUGUUAAAUAAACUAUAUUAUAAUUGUACAUAGAAUAAAUAAACACUCCUGUUUAAAUAUAAAUCUGAUUAAUGUAGACUGCUCUUUACUUGUAAAGAUAACUCGUUAUACCAUUCAAGUCCUAAUAAUCUAAGUAAUUUAAACAUUAUAGUAAU